AUGGCAUCUGGCCAAGAGAAGGAUAUGGCAAGGGAGGAAGGGCCCACUGUACCUAAUGAGGUGGUGAACAAUGCUGCUGAGAUUGACCUCAAUCAAGAUGAGGCAAUGGCUGACAUUGAGCUGGAUGACAUUGAGAACUUGGACCUGGAGGAUGAGGAUAAAUAUGCUGAACCUGAUACCCAUGUUGAAGCUAAUAACCAUGGUGAAGCUGAUAACCAUGGUGAAGCUGACAACAAUGGGGAGGAGGACAACACCGGUAAAAAGGAGAACACUGGUGAUGAAAAUGACUUCACUGAGGGUGAAGGCAUGCGUUAUCCUGUCUUAGAGGAGAUUGUCGAACUCCAGACUAAAGUGGCAACUCAGAAUAUCACCAUCCUGCAGCAGCAGACGUCCAUUGAUGGACUCAAGAAGCACACUCGGGACCUCCAGGCUAGGCUGAGCAUUACCAUGAAGGAGUUUAACCAUCGCAAGACGGAGGUGCAGCCUUGGCUUGACCUGGUGAAUGAAACCAUGAUCCUUGCGAAUGUGCGUCCUGAGGCUCGCGUUACUGCAGCCACUCAUGCAUUGGACGAGGUGGUCCGCAGUGCAGUGUAUGGCGCUAAGAAGCAGGCGCAGGGACCAUUUGGGUGGUCGGGGUUCUGCACCGCGCUGAAAGAGGCAUUCAUGGUCAAGAAGUCCGACCUGGAACUGCGCAGACGCCUUGAGCAUAUCAAGUGUCAAGACCGUUCGGUGCAAGAAUAUGCGGUCGAGUUUGAGGCCGCAGCACGCUCUCUCCAGAAGCCCUUGUCUGAGGAGGAGAUGAUGCACGUCUUCAUGAAAAGCCUCCCUGUCAACCUGCAGGAGGCACACAUGAUCGGCAGCAUGACCAAUUGGACGACUUACAAGGAGAUGAAGGAGCAAGUGAUCAAAAUUGACACCAUCAUUCGCACAUAUAUCCAUGGUCCUGCAAAGCCACGCCAGUAG